AUGGACGAACCAUCCGGAGAUGGGAGGGACCCCUGCUUGAGUUACCAAGGCAGGAAGAAGGACCCACCCACCAACAAAUACCACAUUGAAAAUCUAAAGGGAAGUUUAGGCAACUUACUGAAGGAUGGAAACUCCCUGUCUGAUCUGGAGACUCUAAAGGAAUCCCUGGCCAAGUUGGACUUAUACGCAGAGCGCAACAAUGCGGACUUUCCUAUCCAUCUCGGAAUCACGGAGCGGACCAGCAGUGCCUACAAUGACAGAACAUGCGCGCAGCUGAGGAGGGAACUGCUGAAGCAGAAGAACCUAAACUGGUGUCUGUCUCUGAAGGUCCGAAGCAUACACAUGAAGUUAAACAGCCUCUAUGCCAAGAAGGACCAACUGGAAAGGAGCGUACAAAAUAGGAUGAGGGAGAUCGAGUUGCAGUUCCUCCCUGGGGGAGGCAACCAGGGACCUUCGGCGGGUCAAACACCCGCAGAAAAGGAAGGCCCGAGAGGAGACCCCCCAAAUGAGGAGGCCCUAAAGGAAGAAAAAAAAAAAGUGGAGGAAUUAAAGCAAAUGCUAGUAAAACAUGAAAGGUGUGCACAGGUGAGUGAAGUCGAGAAGAUCAAAUCUGAGUUGGAGCUGAAGAGCUAUAAGGACAAGUUAAACGAGGAAAUUGAAAGGAAUGAAAAUUUAUACAAAAAGAUAAGAAACUACGAAGCGAACCUGGAGAGAGUAAAAAAGGAGGGAGAAAAAUAUUUGGACGAAGUGGAUGAGCUUAGAGUGCAACUGCAAAAGUAUCGAAGUGCAAACGGUCAAGUGGAGGAGAGGAACAAACUCCUGCAGGAGGAGAAGGUCAUAUUAGGGCAAGCCAAUAAUGAGUUGAAGAUAAGACUGCAACGUGUGCAGGCGUGCUUAACCGAUUGCAGGAAUAGGGAGCGCUCCUUCUACAACUGUUCGAGGAAGAUAAUGAGUGUUGUUGCGUUUCUGCGGGAAAGCAGCAAGGGGGGGUUAGCCCUUGGGGGAAAGUAUGGCGGUGCGAUGAUCAACACGUUGGAAGAUACAAUGAACGAAUCGUUAGGCUACACAUUGGGGGUAACGGUGGAUGACGCAGAGGGUCCCCCCCUGCACGGAGACACGACCUUUGCCCACACGGAGCUGCAACUGGAUGCCAUUUGUGCGUCGGUCCGUGCCUUGGUUGGGGUUAAGCAGCAAUUCGAGGGCCAAAGAGACCAACUGGCAAACGCGCGAGCCGAGGCGGACGCCGUGAAGAAGGAACUGGAAAAGAAGCGGAAAAGCUACGAGGAAGUCAAGCAGCAAAUGGAAGAGUUGCAAAUGAUGCAGCAACGAAAUGAGGAAGAAGUUACAACCGCGAAGGGGAAAGACGAGAGGACGAUUAUGCAGUUAAGACAGACACUACACGAGGAAAGUAAGAUAACCCACAAGUACAAACACAGAAAUGAAUACAACCUGAUGCGGAUUAGAAGACUAAAAAGGAGAGAGAACAAAUUGCUCUUUCAAAUAAAUCAGUUAAGGAGGUAUAUACAGGAGAAUAAGUCCAACUUGGAACGAGUAAACGAAAUGAGUAGCAAUAAAAUUAAGCACAUAAAGCAGAGGAAUAAAGAACUGAUUAUUAACCUGGAUGGAAUCCACGUGGAGUUGCAAAGGUGUGUAGGCCAAGUCAACACAGUCAGUAGGAAUAUGAAAAUGGUGGAAAGGGAGAAGCAAAAGGUAACAGAGCAUAUGCACAUCCUUAAGUCGAAAAAUGGAGAGAUAACCGAAAAAUUAAAAAUGUCUAUGAAAAAAAACGAAAAAAUGAAAAUGAAGGUGUAUACACUUCACAGCAGAAUGGGAAAAAUGAGAGAAAAAAUAAAAAGCACCAGUAUAAGACUCAGCAAAGUUUUGAAACACCAUAGCAAGUGCAAUGAAACUUACAAAGAGGAACUGCGUCGAAAGGAUGAAUAUGUAGAAGAGCUGCAAGGGAAGCAGAAGGAACUACAAGAACAAUUAAAAGAGAAGGAAAAGACAAUUCGUACAAAUGAUGAAUGUUUGCACAAACUGGAAGAAGCCAUUAAACUGCACCAACAUGAGAAGGACACCCUGAAUGAAGAAAUAAAAAAAAAAAAUUUUUUGCUAGCAAGGAAUGAGGAAAAAAUUAACGUGCUGAGCAAUGUAGAGAGCGAUCUGCUAAAGGAAGGAAAAGUGAACAAAGAGAAACUCAUCGAAAGGAGUAGGGAAAUAAGAAGCAACCUCGUCCAGCUGAAACAAAUAAAGGGAGAAAAGGUAAAAAUGAAUGAAGUGAUUAAUAAGCUAAAGAAGGAACUGAUAAACUCAGAGCUGAGAUGCAAAAUGGCCUACAGAGAUCUGGACAAAUUGAAGAAGGAAAAAAAAAAAAUAAUUGUAAGUCUACAGAACGACUUGGAGGAGAAGGAAAAAUGCCUCCAGAGGACAGACCAACGGGUUGAACUUCUAAGACGAGAAAAGGAGGACGACCAGUCCAACAUACAACACGAAUUGAAAGUGCUGAAAAACCAAGUGGAAGAACUGACAACAGAAAAGGAAACGUAUCGAGCAAAGGUGCAACAACUGAACCAUGAACUGCAACAACUGAACAAUGAGCUGCAACAACUGAACAAUGAGCUGCAACAGUCUCAGAAAAAACUAAAGGAAGAAAUGGGAAACAAUGAGGAGAGGAAAAAACAAAACGAUAGUCUGCUCAACCAAGUGGAUGAAUGCCAGAAGAAGAUAAACCAACAAGAUGAAGAAAUAAAGACGCUUCGUAAGAUGCAACAAACUAGUGAACGCAAAAUAAUUGACGAAUACAACCAUAAUGAAGAGACACUAAAACAGCGCUUUGAACAGGAAAAAAAAAACAUGAAGCUCCAGUAUGAGACACUAAUGCAGACAGAGAGGGAAACCCAUCAGAAACAAAUAAAAGAGAUGGUAAUCCAGAAGGAGAAAGAAAUGCAAGCGGAGAAAGAACGAUGCCAGAGAGACGUAGAAUCCAUGACAGAGAGACACAAACAAGUGGUAAUCCAAAUGAAGGAAGAAACGAAGAAGAAAAUCGACCAAAUGAAGGAUGUUUGCGAACAGAGCCGAAAAGCAGAACUGCUAAAAAUGGAAAAGGAAAAAAGUCUACAGAGUAAAAUUGAUGAAUGCACCUCCCUGCUGAAGGAGAAGGAUGAAGAAUUCCGGUUCGCCAUUCAACAGUACGACCAGAAGCUACAAAAUCAAAAUAAAGAAAUGGAAACCUUGGUGAACGAGUGUGAACAGAAACUGAAGGAAGCACGGGAGGCCAGGCGGACCAGCACCACUGCCAGUGUCAUCACGUCGGAGGUCUCCAACAUGGGCAGUGUCGCCAAUCCUGCUAAUACUGCUAAGGAUAUCCACCUUGCCUCCAUUACGCAGCUCGAGCAAAACCUGCGGGGAAGCGAAACGAAGAUCUGCCAACUGGAAAAGGAGCUGCUGGAGUCGAGGCGAGAGUUGGCCGAAUUGGCUCAGAAGAACCGAGACCUGGUUGACGGAAAAGCGGAGGCAGACAAGGAGGUUGCCCAUUUGGUGGCGGAAAAUGAGAAACUGAAAGAGGAAAGGCUGAAGGAAGAGAGACUGAAAGAGGAGAGACUGAAGGAAGAGAAACUGAAGGAAGAGAGACUGAAGGAAGAGAAACUGAAGGAAGAGAGACUGAAGGAGGAGAAACUGAAAGAGGAGAGACUUAAAGAGAGCCCGGGUACCUCCCCCUCGAGUGUCAUCCCUGUGAGUGCUUCCCCCAUGGACGAAUCUUCCCUGCUUACGAUUUUGCCCUUCCUUGGGAACGACAGUGAAUCCGCCGCACCGGAGGAAGAAUCUUCGCCAGUGGCUGGAAAGAAAAAAAAGAAGAAGCAUAAGAAAGGCACCUCCAGAAAGGGGCAUCCUGAAACGGAGCAGAAUAGCGACGAGGGAAACCCCAUCAUAGAAGGAAGUAACAAUAACGAGGAGACGGAGGAGAGAAAGAAGACUUCUGACAAGAAAAACAAAAGCUCAACCAGGAGGAAAAAAGGAAAAGGAAAAACUGGUUUGGAAGAUGGAAAUGAUGUGGACGAUGGAAAUCAUCGCAACAAUGACGACACAAGAGAAGAGACCGAGGAAGGAGACGAACUCCCCGGUGCAGACGCACAGAAGGCGUCCCUCAGUGUGAUCCCAACAAACGAACAAAGCUGCUACGUAUUCCUGAAAGACAUAAACGUGAAGCUGGACGAAAUUGUAGACAAGCUAAAAGUCAAGGAAGACCCCCUGCUCAUAAAUGACGCCUUCAACAAAAUAAAUCUCGCCAUCUCUACAUGGAAUUUGUUUGGGGAUCCGAACGCUUCAACUGCGGAAGAUCCGGACGGGGGGUCCCCACCGGAUGGUGAAGCCGCACAGAUUGAGGAGGCCGCACAGAUUGAGGGGGUCGCACAGACUGAGGAGGCCGAACCGACCGUUGAAGACAUAGGUGAGGGGCACUUCUCCGAUGAGCGGUACGAAGCUCUCAGGAAGGAAGUCGCCGAAAAGGUGGAGCUCAUUCGCCAGAUGGUGUAA